ACAUGUCAGUGUCAACGUUAUUGAAAAAAUAUCAGUGUUUUCACUUUUCAUGUACCUCAGAAAUAUUAAAUUUUGAAUAAACAUGGAUAUAACACCCCUGUUUAAAGCUUGCAUAAAAACUGUGAAGACUCGUAACAAAGCUUUUGGCAUACAAAGUCCCGUAAGCGAAGAUAAACAGCGCAUAUUGAGAGGCAAGUCGAAAAAUGGUUUCAUGUCGACUGCGCGAGAUAUAUGUUGCCAAAUUACUAGAUUACGAGAUUUCCUUCUGGAACACCGUGACAGGUACUUAAGCUUCUUUGAUAAUGUGAAGAAAGACGAGAUGACAGAGGCUGAGAGAGACCAAAUAGACACAGGCGCGCAGAGGAUUAUAAACACCUGCUCUCACUUACUGAAAGAGUUUAGGAACGACAAUCGCAAGAUAACAGUAUCAGCACAAACCCGCGACUACAUGGACGCGGUCAUCGAUCUAAUAGAUAUGUACUUAAAGGCGGUAUGCAAAAUACAUAGUGAGUUGAAGGCUUUGCGAGUUAAACGCGCGCUAGACAUGCGGAAAUUAUCGCGUUUAGAACUGCCUCAGACAAAAUCGAUCAUUCCCAACCCUUUCAUAUCUGAGAAAAUUAUAGAGAAAGUAGAAGAGAAGGUGGAAGCUACAGAAGAAGGUAUAGAGCCUAGUGAGGAGAUUGAUAGUCCAAAAUCAAAGUUAGAUUUGUCCGAAAAUGAGGUGGCGGUGAUGUCGGAUGAGGGUGAGCUGAGCGCGGAGGAGCUGCAGAUGUUUGAAUCGGAGAAUGUGCAAUUGCUGAACGAACUGAACAGCAUGACGGAGGAGGUAAAGCAGAUUGAGAGCAAGGUGCUGCACAUUGCUGAGCUGCAGGAGAUCUUCACAGAGAAGGUGUUACAACAAGAACAAGAUAUAGACAGGAUAUCAAACACAGUUGUCGGUGCCACAGAGAAUGUGAAGGAUGCCAAUGAACAAAUCAAACAGGCCAUACAAAGGAAUGCAGGCCUUAGGGUCUAUGUGCUGUUCUUCUUGCUUGUCAUGUCAUUCAGUCUGUUGUUCUUAGAUUGGUACAAUGAUUAAAAUAAACUGCUGGUUCAGUUUUUUAUUGAAAAAAAAAA